GUACGGAGUGCAGGUCAUGGAGAAGGUUCUCAAGAUGGCUGAAGGCAUCGACAUCGGGGAGACGAGGUGCUACGAGCUGGUGCCCAGCAAGAAGCUGAAGAGAUACCGCUCUCCAUCGGACAGUCCAGAGCCAGAAGCGACUCCUGAGCCACCCAAAAAGGUGGCGCCCAAGUUCCGAGUGCGACCCCGCUUUGAGCCCAUACAUUUUGUCACCAGCGCUGAGAAGGAUGGCAAGAAGGACAAUUCUCUGGAUCACCAAAGGCAGGAGGUGAACCAGGAGGCAAAUACAAACAGCAUGGCACAGCCAGCUGAAAACUGUACAAAUUCUUUAGUGAAUGCACGAGAGGCGAAUCCCCAGCUGUCCAGCUCAGCUGGGCUUGGCUUUACAGGCCCAGCAGCAGCAGCAGCCAAGAAGGCUGUGAAUAGUGUGGACUCUACCACAAGCAACGCCGUGCAGGUUUCUGUUUCCCCUUCAACUGCCCCGCCUGCAUCAGAGACUUUCCCUCCAUCAGCAAUAAUGCUGAAGCAGAGCUUUAUGGAGAAACUGUCAGCAGCUGUCUGGAAAAACCUUACUAAUCCAGAUGCAAACACUGGGACAGAUAAAAUUAACUUCACCUAUCUUUUGACGCGUUCAAUUCAGGCAUGCAAGACAAACCCUGAAUAUAUUUAUGUUCCUCUGAAAGAGAUUGCCCCUGCUGACCUGCCCAAGAGCAAGAAGCUCCUGACAGACGGCUUCGCCUGCGAGGUGCGGUGUCAGAACGUGUACCUGGCCACCGGCUACGCGGGCAGCAAGAACGGCUCCCGGGACCGAGCCGCGGAGCAGGCGGUGAAGCUGCUGAAGAAAUCCGUGGAAGUUCGAGUCGUUCAGCGCAAGUUCAAGCACACCUACCACGAGGACCUGGUGGUGUGUGAGGCAGGUGUGUGUCGCCCAGAUUUCCCUCCUGCUCUGAAACCUCACGAGGAGUUCGUAGUUGCCAACAGGGACUGUGUCCCCAUGCAGCCCGGUACUGAAUCCAUGAAGGGUUCCGCACAUGCCAACAAAGAUUGGACUAGUUUUGUCCUCACAGAGAAUGCCAGCGAUGCAAUAGGAAUACUUAACAAUUCUGCCUCAUAUAACAAAAUGUCUGUUGAAUAUAAGUAUGAAUUAAUGCCCAACCGCUCGUGGCGUUGUCAGGUGUAUCUCCAAGAUCACUGCCUGGCCGAGGGAUUUGGCACAAAAAAGACCAGCAAGCACGCGGCGGCUGAGGAGGCGCUGAAAAUCCUGCAGAAGAUGCAGUCAAAUAUAGCAUCCCUCAAAGUGACCCAGGUGCAGAAAGUGGGCUGCUCAUCACGGGGCUCUGGGAGGAAGAAGGACCUGAAGGACCUGGUGAUCUACGAGAACUCCCCUAACCCGGUGUGCACCCUCAACGACACUGCCCAGUUCAACAAGAUGACGGUGGAGUACGUCUUUGAGAGGAUGACAGGCAUGCGAUGGAAGUGCAAGGUGAUGCUUGAAGAUGAAUUCAUUGCAGAAGCAGUUGGAGUGAAGAAAUCUGUCAAGCAUGAGGCAGCAGAGGAAGCCGUGAAAAUCCUCAAAAAGACUCAGCCAACUGUUGUUAAUAACCUGAAGAAAGGCGCUGUUGAAGACGUCAUCUCCAGAAAUGAGAUUCGAGGUCGAUCAGCAGAAGAGGCUUUCAAACAGAAGAUCAAAGAAGACAACAUUGGGAACCAAAUUUUAAGAAAGAUGGGCUGGACGGGCGGUGGCCUAGGGAAGGAUGGUGAAGGGAUUAGGGAGCCUAUUUCAGUAAAGGAGCAGUUCAAAAGGGAAGGACUUGGGCUUGAUGUGGAAAGGGUGAACAGAAUCGCUAAGAGAGAUAUUGAAGAGAUCAUUCGAAACUAUGCACGUUCUGACAGUCACAUUGACUUGACUUUCUCUAGAGAACUGACCAUGGAUGAGCGGAAGCAGAUACAUCAAAUUGCCCAAAAAUACGGUCUUAAAAGUAAAUCCCAUGGGCAGGGACACAACAGAUACUUGGUGGUGAGCAGGAAGCGGCGCAAGGAAGAUCUGUUAGACCAGCUGAAGCAGGAGGGCCAGGUUGGGCAUUACGAGCUUAUCAUGCCCCAAGCAAACUGAGGUGAGGUGUCCCCUUUGAACAGAGACUGAGUUUCCUGGACACUCGACUAAAGAAAGAGAUGCUGCAUUUUUCUUGUGGGUAAUAAAAUAAUGACAUUAAAGUCUUUUACUUUGGCAAUAUAAUUUCUAAAAUGUUGUUAGGUGUUUAGAACCGACCGAAUUCUGUUCGAGCGCAUUAGCACAACCCAAAAGCAGUAGUGCUGUUCCUGUAUGUGUCUUUGAUAUUACUUGUUCCUUCACAUUUUACUAGUUUUGUAAUAGCAAACACAUGUCCAAUGAGAAGGAAUUUGACAUAAUUUAAAAUUAUAGGUCCCUUGCUUUUCUUGAGCAAGGAAGGAGAAAAAAAAACCUUUUAAAAAAAAAUUAAAAAGCAAAGGAAAUGCAGUCUGGGGGCAUAAACUUGUAUGUAAAAUUGGUAUUAAUUACAACAAAAAUAAAGUUUUAUUUCUG